GAGCUGACAAGCCUGAGACUACAAUAUAUAAAGACGGUACGUAGCAGAGAAGGACCGUGGUUGCAUUGCCGAAGAGUAGCAGUAGACGAUCAGAAGCCCAAAACUUGUCUCUUACAGACUUUCGCCACUCUGAGCUCUCUUUUCAAAAUUACAUCCACAUAGUUGGAGAGAGAGAGGGAGAGAAAGACAUGGAAACUCUCUCAGUUUCCAUUUCCAAGCUUCUAGUGUUGCUCUUCACGACCUUGGUUGUUGGUUCUGAGCUGAUCCAGUGCAGUGUCACCUACGAUAAGAAGGCUAUCAUCAUCAAUGGCCAAAGGAGAAUCCUCAUCUCCGGCUCCAUUCACUAUCCCAGAAGCACACCUGAAAUGUGGGAGGACCUUAUUAUGAAGGCCAAAGAUGGAGGCUUGGAUGUCAUAGACACAUAUGUGUUUUGGAAUGGUCAUGAACCUUCACCUGGCAAUUAUAAUUUUGAAGGGAGGUACGAUUUGGUACGGUUCAUUAAGACAGUUCAGAAAGUAGGACUCUAUGCUCAUCUCCGCAUUGGACCGUAUAUCUGUGCAGAGUGGAACUUUGGUGGAUUCCCUGUUUGGCUGAAGUAUGUUCCUGGAAUCAGCUUCAGAACAGAUAAUGAGCCUUUCAAGAUGGCAAUGGAAGGCUUCACCCAGAAGAUUGUCCAGAUGAUGAAGAACGAGAGGCUAUUUGCAUCACAAGGAGGCCCCAUCAUCCUUUCUCAGAUUGAAAAUGAGUAUGGGCCGGAGAGUAGGGCUUUCGGAGGUGCCGGGCAUGCGUACAUAAAUUGGGCGGCCAAAAUGGCUGUUGGAUUGAAUACGGGAGUCCCAUGGGUGAUGUGCAAGGAAGACGAUGCUCCAGACCCCAUGAUAAACGCAUGUAAUGGUUUUUACUGUGAUGCUUUCUCUCCCAACAAACCCUACAAGCCUACCUUGUGGACCGAGGCUUGGAGUGGCUGGUUCACAGAGUUCGGAGGCACAUUUCACCAGAGACCAGUUCAAGAUUUGGCAUUUGCAGUUGCUCGUUUCAUACAAAAGGGUGGCUCAUAUGUUAACUACUACAUGUAUCAUGGAGGAACCAACUUCGGACGCACUGCUGGUGGCCCAUUCAUUACAACAAGUUAUGACUAUGAUGCUCCAAUUGAUGAAUAUGGUUUGAUCAGGCAACCUAAACAUGGUCAUCUGAAGGAACUUCAUAAAGCUAUUAAGCUAUGUGAACAUGCUUUAGUUUUUUCAGAUCCUGUUGUUACUUCAUUAGGAACCUAUCAGCAGGCACAUGUAUUCUCUUCAGGGCGAAGACGGUGUGCUGCUUUUCUUGCAAACUAUCAUUCAAAUUCUGCUGCUAGGGUGACAUUCAAUAACAUGCACUACAAUUUGCCUCCUUGGUCAAUUAGCAUCCUUCCAGACUGCAGAAAUGUGGUAUUUAAUACUGCAAGGGUUGGAGUUCAAACUUCACAGAUGCAAAUGUUGCCGGUUGAUUCCCAAUUGUUCUCGUGGGAGGCUUAUGAUGAAGAUAUUUUGUCUGUAGAAGACCAUUCAACAAUGACAGCUGUUGGACUGUUGGAGCAAAUAAAUGUUACCAGAGAUGCUAGUGACUAUCUAUGGUACAUAACCAGUGUUAACAUUCAUCCAUCGGAAUCAUUUCUGCGAGGACAAAAGCCCACUCUUAGUGUGCAAUCAACUGGCCAUGCCGUUCAUAUCUUCAUCAAUGGGCAAUAUUCAGGAUCAGCCUUUGGGACCAGGGAACAGAGGCAAUUCACAUUUACUGGACCAGUCAACAUGCAUGCAGGAAGAAAUAGAAUUGCUCUACUCAGCAUAGCUGUGGGAUUACCGAACAUUGGGUUGCAUUAUGAAAUGUGGCAAACAGGAAUCCUUGGUCCAGUUUUUCUUUAUGGUCUUGAUGAAGGAAAAAAAGACUUGUCGUUGCAAAAAUGGUCCUAUCAGGUUGGUCUGAAAGGAGAGGCAAUGAAUUUGGUCUCUCCUGAUAGAGUCUCAUCUAUUGAUUGGAUCCGUGGAUCACUAGCUAUCCAAAGCCAGCGUCCGUUGAAGUGGUAUAAGGCUUAUUUCAAUGCACCUAAAGGAUAUGAGCCAUUGGCUUUAGACAUGAGGAGUAUGGGGAAGGGCCAAGUGUGGAUCAAUGGACAGAGUAUAGGAAGAUAUUGGAUGGCCUAUGCAAAGGGUGAUUGCGGUACUUGCAGCUACACUGGGACAUUCAGGCCCACAAAGUGCCAACUUGGUUGUGGGCAACCAACUCAAAGAUGGUACCAUGUUCCAAGGUCCUGGUUAAAGCCAACCAGAAAUUUGUUGAUAGUUUUUGAGGAACUUGGCGGGGAUGCAUCAAAGAUUUCUCUUGUGCGGAGAUCAGUGACAAGUGUUUGUGCUGAUUCAUAUGAGCACCACCCAACGAUUGAUAACUAUAGUGUUGAGGGCCAUGGUGAAUCAAAUAUGAUGCAUCAGGCCAAGGUUCACUUGCAGUGUGCAACAGGGCAGUCCAUAUCAACUAUUAAGUUUGCAAGCUUUGGCACUCCUUCUGGAACUUGUGGAAGUUUCCAAAAGGGAACUUGUCAUGCACCAAACUCUCUUGAAGUUUUAGAGAAGAAAUGCAUAGGGCAGGAGAGUUGCAUGGUUACCAUAUCCGAUACUAACUUUGGGGCAGAUCCAUGCCCCAAUGUGUUGAAGCGAUUAUCAGUCGAAGCUAAUUGUUCUUCAGUGAGUACAACCACUGAAAUCAAUUCAAGGAGAUGAGAAUACUGCAAAAGCAGGUAAUACUUCCUGAUGCAAUUACAUUAUCUGCAUAUGAUGGCAAGCUACUAAGCGAGUGGUGAAGAAAAAGAAGUGAUGGGUAAAAGGUCGUCAGUGUUUGGAACUUAUAGCCAAGGGUAUCUCACCUCGGAAAUUAGCAGUUUUUUCCCCCUUUCUGGAAAAUAUGCUUGUGCAAGUCAAUUGUGGUGGAUAGGCAACUGCUUCGGUAUAAAGGUUCAACGAAGGGUUGGGCCCUACUGGUGAUUUGGUGCGAUACUAAGCUACAUAUAGUUUAUGAUUCUUUGGCAAUAUAAAGAUAUGGACUGGUAGAAGAAAGUAGUUAAGCAACAACUCCUUAUGAGUGACAUGAAUAUGCUUGAAGAGUGAUUAUUUGUAAAGACGAGUGCUUCUACUAAAUUAAAGCUACAUUCUAAA